UAUUUUCUUCUUCCACCAGAUUUCUUCAGUCUUCUUCUUCUUCUUCUUCUUCUUCUUCUUCUUCUUCUAUCUUUCCAUGGCUUUGGUUCGAGAACGUCGUCAGCUCAAUCUUCGUCUUCCUCUUCCUCCAAUUUCCGACCGCCGCUUCUCCGUCGCUUCCGUCUCCUCCCUCGCUACCUCUGCUGUUAUCUGUAACGGAAUCUCCGCCGCUGAUCUCGAGAAACUCAACGUUCUCGGUUGCGGAAACGGCGGGACUGUUUACAAAGUCCGUCACAAGAACACGGCGGAGCUUUACGCUCUGAAAUCCGUUAACGGUGAUAUGGAUCCGAUUCUCACGAGACAACUGAUGCGCGAGAUGGAGAUCCUCCGCCGCACAGAUUCUCCCUACGUCGUCCGGUGUCACGGAAUCUUCGAAAAACCAGUCGUCGGCGAAGUAUCGAUUCUGAUGGAGUAUAUGGACGGAGGAACCCUAGAAUCUCUCCGCGGCGGCGUAACAGAGCAAAAACUCGCCGGAUUCGCUAGACAGAUCCUGAAAGGAUUGAGUUAUCUUCACGCUCUCAAAAUCGUUCACAGAGACAUCAAACCGGCGAAUCUCCUUCUCAAUUCGAAAAACGAGGUUAAAAUCGCCGAUUUCGGAGUCAGCAAGAUCUUAGUAAGGUCGUUAGAUUCGUGCAAUUCGUACGUAGGCACUUGUGCUUACAUGAGCCCAGAGAGAUUCGAUUCUGAAUCGGCCGGUGGAAGCUCCGACGUUUACGCCGGCGAUAUCUGGAGUUUCGGGUUGAUGAUGCUGGAGCUUCUCGUCGGUCACUUUCCGUUGCUCCCGCCGGGACAGAGACCCGAUUGGGCGACGUUAAUGUGCGCCGUGUGUUUCGGAGAACCGCCGCGAGCGCCGGAGGGAUGCUCCGAAGAGUUUCGGAGCUUCGUCGAGUGUUGUCUCCGUAAAGAUUCGAGUAAUCGGUGGACGGCGUCGCAGCUUCUCGGCCAUCCUUUUCUCCGGGAAAAUCCUUAAUUCGAUUUUUUUUUUUAAUGUAUAAUCAGAAACGGAUCUGAGAAUCUAGAUUCUGAAAAGCAGAUGAUUCGCAUUUGGAUUAAAAUUGUUUUAUUUUUGUAGAAACUUGGAUAGCUUCUGGAGAUAUUAUGGUCGUAAUUUUUGUACAUAUAUAUACUCCGGAGUUUAGGAAAAAUCGGGGCUUGUAACAUCGCCCUUCCAUGAUAAAACUAUUUCUUCAGUCAUUUACUCUUUACAGUUUCGUAAUGUAUACAUUACAUGACUCAUUCUCUAAAA